CCAGAAGGAUUUAAUGAGUUCUUCAACCAAAGGAGACGUUGGAUUCCGUCAACUAUCGCCAACAUCAUUGAUUUGCUUAAAGAUUACAAGAACGUUGUUCGAGUGAACGAAAGCAUAUCGAUCUGGUACAUCAUCUAUCAAACUGUGAUGCUAAUCUCCUCAAUCCUUGGUCCGGGAACGAUUUUCCUUAUGGUUGUCGGUGCUAUCUCCAUCUCGUUCAACAUUGACACUACUUGGAGUCUGUUGAUUGUCUCAGUGCCAGUUGCUUCGUUUUGCGUAGUGUGCCUCGUGGCAAAGCCGGAAAAACAGUUACUCUUUGCGCAAAUCGUCAGUGCUUUGUUCGCAAUGCUGAUGACUGCUGUAAUAGUUGGUACUUCGCUGCAGAUACAGAAGGAUGGUAUCCUCUCACCGCAUUCAAUUUUCUUGUUUUCGGUCAUGGGAAGUUUCAUCACUGCAGCCAUCCUCCAUCCAUUGGAAUUCACAUGCAUUAUUCCCGGUAUACUGUACUUCCUCGCUAUUCCAUCCAUGUACAUGCUUUUGCCUAUCUACUCCAUCUGCAACCUCAAUACAGUCUCUUGGGGAACUCGCGAAGAUCCACGACCGCAAGAGAAGAAUGACUUGGCAGCUAAACGAAGAAAGACACAUCACAUGGAUUUCAUGGAGAAAGGAGGAGAAGGAGAGGUGGAUGGUGACUGGUCUCUUGGUUGUGGAAGCGCGUGUCGUCUUCUAUGUUGUUUGAAGCCAGAUAAGAUGGAAUCUUCUCCACAGGUUGUUAUGAUUGGUGUUAUUGAUAUGUCUCUCAUCUAGAG